AUGCAGCGGAUGAGUGGCCCAUCAACUCAGGGCGGUUCAACGGUCCUGGAAAUAGCAUUGUCCAACCACAAACCACGGCGGAGCGCAGCCUGUCUCACGGCAGAUGGGCAUGUGGCAUGGGAGGUUGGAUACAACACCCCAAACCAGCAUCAGUGUGUCCAUGACACGCACGUGGUGCCGCAUGUAUUGCGAGUGUCUAAUGGUCAGAGAAGGCUUGACACUGGAGCUUCCCAUGACUCCCGGAGGCAGCUUCUGGCGGCAAGUCCGGCUCCCUCGCCAAUCCGCAUCACUCCAGUCUUUCAGAUUGACAAUCUCGACAUCCCCCGCCGCUCUUUCCUUUCGACCGUCCUUGUGCCCGCAGCCACCAGGUACUUGCAGCGUAUGUACAAGGUCAAGUACCCGGUCUCCGGUUCGCUCCUGCUCAAGCGUUCGUGCGAGCAGGUUCUGACCGGCCAGUGGAGCAACGGGAGCACCGUUACUGCGUGCUCGCGCUGGGCGCCCCUCACGUGCCUGGAGAGUACUCUGGACUUGGACCACUUCGCUGCCUACACGACAUGUGACGCCCGUUCGGUCUGUACCGCCACGCCAGCUGGCGCGGGGCUCGCCAGCACGGACUUCAUUCUGUACGUCACUGCGAAGAACACGUCCGUUUGCCAGACGGGCACGAUCGCGUAUGCCAGCUUCUGCACGCAAGACGACGCCACCGAUCGGCCCACCUCCGGCAGUGCCAACUUCUGCCCCGACCAGAUUCACCCCCUCCUCAACUGGGCGUUCCAACUUGACACAGCGGUGCACGAGCUGACGCACGCCCUCGGCUUCAGCGCCGCGCUCUUCAAGUACUACCGGGACGCGAACAACGUUCCGCUCGUGCCGCGGGAUGCGGACGGUUCCAUUCCGCAGCAGGCGGACCUAUCCGCAGUCGUCCGAACGUUCGAAGAAAGGGGCACGACGGCCACUAAGCUGGUUACCCCAAAGGUGACGCAAGCAGCCUGUGACCAAUUUGGAUGCGCGACGCUGAACGGUGCCGAGCUCGAGAACGACGGAGGCACUGGGACCGCCGGCAGCCACUGGGAGGAACGGAUCUUCCACGGGGAGCUUAUGACCGCCGUCAGUCAAGCGCGGCCGGUAUACUCCAAGCUUACGGCAGCAACGCUGGAGGACAGCGGGUGGUACGUGCCCACAUAUGACGUCACGCAGCCCCUGUUGUGGGGCCAGGGGCGAGGCUGCGCGUUCCCGCUCGCGGCAUGCGCCCCAGGGGGCGCGGUGCCCGUCGAUUCUGCGUUCUCCGGCUUCUACUGCGGCACGGGGUUCCGCAGCUGGACGGAUGACGGCGGGGUGACGUCAGCCCUGGACCACACGUGCACGGACGAUGAGACGGCGGUCGGGUACUGCCAGGCGUGCAGCGCAACGGACGGCACCUGCUUCACGGACGGCUGCAUGCCCAUCGUUCCACUGUCCAACUAUGUGUGUACGGACGCGUCUUUGGGGUCCGAUUCGGACGCUUCCAACUCGAGCAGCCUGGCGUACUGGGGCCAAGCUUUCGGCGUCGGUUCCAAGUGCGUUGCGGACGGGUCCGAAGCCUGGAGUAAAAACGGAUUCGAACGUCCGCCGGUGGGGGGCGGGUGCUUCCGCUACCAAUGCAGCUGGGAUGUCACCGGAACGCAGGCCACACUUAUGAUUAUGGUGGGCGAUCAAGCCGUGACCUGCAUCGACGGUCGAGAAGUGCCGCUGUCAGCCGCCGGCUUCGAUUCCGGCAGCAUCGGUCCGUGCCCCGCCGCGAACGCCUUCUGCGAGAGCGGGGGGUGCGUGAACGACUGUGCCAACCAAGGCAAGCUCCCCCCCCAGCACUGA